AGAUGAAUCAAGGAUGAUGAGCGACUUGGCGAUUUAAUUUUUCUUCUCGGACACAUUCUGUCGCUGGCCGUUGCAUAAAUUUACUUUAAAGCGUCAACGAAGCAUAAUCCUGCAGUGAUCAUUAUGAGCAACAGUCAGACAAUUAAAACGGUAGUGAGUUUAGCGUGUAUUACGACUGUCGUUAUUUGCCUCCACGCUAGCUUCACGUCGGCAGAGAGUGGGCGCAACACCCGGUUGUCGCAAUGCGGGGGCGAUGUAAAUGCAGACGCGGACUCACUGCAAUUUCCAGCAUCAGAUGAAACCCUCCAAGCCGGAGAUAUUUGCGUGUGGACGAUCCACCUCGAAACGCAGACCAACUUUCGAUUCAUGGUGCAAAAUUUGAGCAUUGGUUCAAAUUACACAGACUGCAGGGAUGGCGGCGUUCGUUUCUACUCGCUGACCAACUUGUCGCCAGCAGGUCAACCAGAGAGCUCCACCUACUGCGACAUUCUGCCCCCACCGCCCGUUUUCCUCAUGCCCAACAGCAUCGUGGUGGUGGUCCUCUACAUUGGAACAGGAAACACGGAUCCCGGGAGGGGUUUCAAUAUUUCAUGGACGGGAAUGAACUCUGACCCCUUGAGAACCAAGCACAUGUCCACCUUCACCACUGCGUUGCAAGGGGUCGUCAAAUACCCAGUCGUGGAACAUUACGAACCAAACUUGGCUGCAACUUGGCUCGUGAAAACCGUGUCCCCUCAACAAACAACUAGAUCGGACUUCAGCCUCGACAACCUUCUCUUUGAGACGUGCAGCAGUUCGACAAAUCCAUGCAUUUGUGAUGCCUUGAUUUUGUACGAGAUUACAGAGGGCGGAGUUUUGAAUGAGACGGAGCGAUUUUGUGGGGAACGAACUUCCGCAUUUUUCAGCAAUAUCGAAUCCAGAUUUAUCAUUGCAUUUUUCACCGAUUUCGAAACUCAGACAGGCAUCGAGGGAGGGUUUGAGGUGACGUAUUAUCCAACCAACGAGGUGACUACGACACCAACCACAACCACCACGACCACAACUACAAGUGGUCCCACACCAGAGACGCCGUGCGGAGGGAUUUUCUCGGAAACCGUGUCUGGGAGAAUUAAUUACAAGAAUGAGCAGCUCUAUCAGCCCAAUGAGCGGUGCGUUUGGACAAUUCGAGUCCAGAACGCCCUGGGGAUGACGUUCACCUUGAUCCAAAGCGGAAUUUCGGGUUCAGACCCAGAUGACGGCAUUAGUAUCAGCACUUUCACCAGAGCCGAUCCUCCUUUGCUUAAAACUGAGUUCAUGCGAUUCGAAGGAAUUCCAGUAACGAUGAGUGGAAGCGUUGCAAUUGUGACCUUCGUCACGGACUCGUCCAUGGAGGGCAUGGGUUUCGUGCUGGAAUACAGAGCCACUGGAUUUUCCGGGGGAAAUAUUUCCGCACUUUCAACCGAUUUCAUCUCCACCACGCCCCUCGGAUUCCUGGACCAUCCAGAGAUGGGCAAUUACGACAACAAUGAGCUCUCCACCUUCGUCGUCACCACGCCAGGGUUUAGCGUCAACAACAAUCCCAGAGUCAACGUGACGUGGACGGUCAAAGGAUUGGAGUCCAACUGUUACGAUUAUGUCGUAGUUUUCAAAUUUUAUCCGGACCCCAACCCUUUUGGAGGAUGGAGCCAGUAUGACUUGUAUUGUGCCACAUCUCCAAAAAUGACGUCUCAUACGGAUAUGCUCCUCUACGUAUUCAAGUCAGAUCAUACCGGAAACAGCACUGGAUUCCGUUUAGAUUGGUCCGGAUAAGUUGUUGCAUGGUUGACAUCAAAUUUAAGAGAUAUUAAAUUAACACGACAUACAAAUACUGAUGUAGCUACUGCCAGAUAAUGAUGCACAGUAAAAAUAACGAAUACGAGA